GGACCGCGCCUCAUUUAAAACGCUGAGGUGUGCCUUAGAGUGUGUUCAACUUUUUGAUUUUUUUUUUCUUCUUCUUCUCCUCAGGUUCCUGCACUUGUACGAAAGAAGCCUUGGAAAUGUCUGGUCGUGGGAAGAAGGUGGUGGCUGUUGAGGCUAAAUUAAAGGUUCAGAGCAGAUCCUCUAGGGCUGGGCUCCAGUUUCCUGUUGGUAGAAUUUAUCGGCUUCUACGGAAAGGACACUACGCAGAGAGAAUUGGAUCUGGUGCUCCGGUCUACCUGGCAGCAGUUCUUGAGUAUUUGACUGCAGAGGUAGUGGAACUUUCUGGUAAUGCAGCAAGGGACAACAAAAAAAUGAGGAUUAUGCCCAGGCACAUCCAGCUAGCAGUGAGGAAUGAUGAGGAGCUCAAUAGGUUACUGGGAGGAGUGACCAUUGCUGAAGGUGGAGUUUUGCCAAAUAUACAGGCUCAGCUGUUGCCUAAAAAGACUAAAAAUGCUUCUGUUAAUCAUGAAAAAGAUGUUGAGUCCCAGGAAUUUUAGAAAGUAUUAAGCUUUUAUUUGUUUUUAAGUUUCUUGAUUAAAUAAAGCUUUUUUAUAUAUAAA